UCUUGGGCCACUUCAAACGUGGUCCGAGGGCCGGCGGGUUCAUUGUCAGGAGCGCAAGGCCAGCGGCAGGUACGUCUGCACGAAGACGCGGGGCAUCUGCAGCGUUAGACCAUGGAGCCAGACGUGAUGCAGGUGGUGAGAGAGAGGAGCCCACACAGUGCUGACCUGAGCCCAGCCCUGGGCCACAGCCACUGCCUGAAGCCCUUCCCCCUAUUCAUCAAGCCCCAGAGGCUGCCUCCGCCACGGGACUUCUUCAACAGCUUCCUCCCCUUCAGUCCCCAGCACCACCUGGGGUACGAGCGCCUCCACUGCAUCUCUGAGGGAGGCUCUCGCAAGCGCAAAGGGCCCCCCUUGAAGGUAACCCCCCAGGACCACCAAUCCCCAGACCAGCUGGAAGAGGAACGCCAAAUUAAAACCGUGAACCUCGCCCAUGUCCCUUACCCUGUUCCCCAACCCAUCUCCGAUCCGCUUCCAAAGUACACCCCCCAGAUGAUCGAUCUGAGCAGGCUCCAGCUCUACAGGACUCUCGACAGGUUGAAUAGCAUUCAAGUGAAGCAGGAGCUGGUCAGCCAUGACAGGGCGUGGCCACCAGCCCGCUCCCUGAUGCACCCGCCCCCGUACUUCCCUCCCCUCCACCCCGGCCUCGUCCCCUUCCCUUUCUUCAUGCCCGGCCCUGCCAUGCACCUUCCCCCGCGAAGCUUCUACCAGAGGGAGGCCUUGGGCCGCCAUCGAGGGGGCCCGGGCGGCAGGCCGGGGGGCCUGGGGCCCAUGGAGAAGCUGGGUAUCAGCGUCCACAUCGACGACAGCUACUACGUGGACGUGGGCGGCGAGCAGAAGCGCUGGAAGUGCCGCAUGUGCGAGAAGUCCUACACCUCCAAGUACAACCUAGUGACCCACAUCCUGGGCCACAGCGGUAUCAAACCCCAUGGCUGCGGCCAGUGUGGCAAGCUCUUCAAACAGCUGAGCCACCUGCACACACACAUGCUGACACACCAGGGCGCCCGCCCACACAAGUGCCAGGUGUGCCACAAGGCCUUCACCCAAACCAGCCACCUGAAGAGGCACAUGAUGCAGCACAGCGACGUCAAGCCCUACAGCUGCAGGGUGUGCGGCCGUGGCUUCGCCUACCCCAGCGAGCUCAGGGCCCACGAGGUGAAGCACGAGAAAGGCCAGGAGAACGUCUGCGUGGAGUGCGGCCUGGACUUCCCCACCCUGGCCCAGCUCAAGAGGCACCUGACCAGCCAUCGAGGCCCCACGGUGUACAGCUGCACCGACUGCGAGAAGACCUUCCAGUACCCCAGCCAGCUGCAGAACCACAUGAUGAAGCACAAGGACAUCAGGCCCUACAUCUGCAGCGAGUGUGGCAUGGAGUUCAUCCAGUCACACCACCUCAAGCAACACACGCUCACCCAUAAGAUCGGGAAGUCACUCACAAAACAGACCACAAUCGCACAGUACUCCACACGGGGGAACAUGUGCAGUUUCAAAUCAGCCCUUGGGGUAAAAGAGCACAAAUGUCGGAUUUGCGGACGGGAGUUCACCCUGCUGGCCAACAUGAAGCGCCAUGUCCUGAUUCACACCAACAUCCGUGCCUACCAGUGCCACCUCUGCUUCAAAAGCUUCGUCCAGAAGCAGACCCUCAAAGCCCACAUGAUCGUCCACUCCGAUGUCAAGCCCUACAAGUGCAAGCUCUGUGGGAAGGAGUUUAACAGAAUGCACAACCUGAUGGGACACAUGCACCUGCACUCGGACAGCAAGCCCUUCAAGUGCCUGUACUGCGCCAGCAAGUUCACCCUGAAGGGCAACCUGACCCGUCACAUCAAGGUCAAGCACGGCGUCCUGCAGAGAGGGCUGAGUGCGUGGGGGUUCCGGCGUCGAGGAAGGUACCACUUCUCCAAGCUGGGUCUCAUCAGCCACUUCAGCCAGGAGGAGCCCUUUGACCUUUCCCAGAAGACCAUGCUUCGGCUGUCCCGGUCUGCCAGGGGGAGUGUGUGCGAGGAGGAGGACAGGAUGAGCCAGUACAGUCUGGAGGAGGACGGCCGGGGCGAGCAGCCCUUCCUCCCUGACGGGCAGACCCACGGCCAGGGCCUCGGCCGUCCUGAGGGGCCCGUGUCCAGAACAGAGACAGGCCAGCAGGAAGCGGUGGAGCCCAGUGAGCAGGUAGGGAAAGUGGAAGCACAGGGAAAGCAGAAGUGCUACCAGGGCAGUGAGGAGUGUUUGUACGAGGGAUAUGAGGGCCAGCAGAGUCUUGCUUCUCCAGAGGACGUCAACGCAGAAGGCAGUGUCGGGAACCGAGACGCUAGCUGCGAAAGUGAAAGGGCAUCUCUGAGCUUGUGAAGUCUUCACAUUUCAAACUUAAAUGUCUUGAUUUUAGCUGUGAACAAUGAUGCAAUGACAUAUUAUUAUUAUUACUGCAGUAUGAUGUGAUUGGCUUGUUUGGCUGUAAUGUAGGAGGGAAGGGAACAUAUCUGUAUGAAGGGACAGAAAAACGCUUACUGACAUGCGAAUGCAUAUGAAAUUGUAUUAAUAUCUGGGGCCAAUGGCUUAAAAUAGGAUAUCAGUGAAAUGAUGUGUGCGAUUUGAAGCACAUGAAUAAUAUAUUUCCAUUCAAUGUUGGGUAUGAUUUUGUGUUUAACACAAUAAAUAUUGUAUAUUUUUAUAAUGUAUUUAAAAUCCAGUCAUAUUUCUCAAAUUACCAUGUCAAUGAAAAAUUAUAUUUUUAUGCUGACUGAUACUUGCUUUUUUUUUUUUUUUACUGAUGUGUAGUAAAAAUUCUCUUCCAAAUGUACAGACCAUGAUGAUCAAAUAAAAUUGCAUUUAUAAGCCAAAA